ACUUUCCCACCAAAUUUUUCAGGGAAACGGCGUUAUUAUCUCCUUCAAGUGUGGCUGUGACAGAUCUCAGAGAAGAGGUAAGCUAAGCUCCAUAGUUAUGGAUAGUUUGCAUCACACUCAUUUCGACGAAAACGACGAUUUCGAAGUUCCUCUUACUCAAACUCAAACACCAACUUCCAAACCCCUCGUAGACUUAAAUAAUCAACGCCCAUCCAAGAAACCCAAAAUCAAAACGACGCCGUUUAGUGGCAAGGAAAACAUUCCCCCUUAUUAUCAUUCUCACAACGACGGUUACGAAAUCGAUAACUGUAGCUUAGAUUUCAUUCCUUCAACUUUAGAUUCUGAUACCACCGUUCAAACCGUUUGUUCUUCUGUGUCAGAGCUGAAAAAGAAGAACACACGCACUUAUUUUCACAAUUCAAUAGAGUCUAAAUUAGUGGUGUCCAGAACCAACGCGUUUGAUUAUGCAGAGUCUGAUUAUGAAGUAAAUUUGUGCGAUGAGUUAGAUAGCUCCGUUUAUUGCCCUCUCUGUGGAGUUGAUAUUUCUAAUUUAACGGAGGAACAUCGAUACCUUCAUACAAAUCACUGUCUUGAUAAAAAUGAAGAAAAUGUUGUUCUUCCUAAUGACGAUGUGAACGCUAAAUUUGUGUCGAAAGCCUCUCCUGUUGUGGAUUGGCUACGAGAUAUCGGUUUAGAUAAAUAUGAAGAAGUUUUUGUUAGGGAAGAAGUUGAUUGGGAGACCUUGCAAUGGCUGACAGAAGAGGAUCUCUUAAACAUGGGUAUAACUGCACUUGGUCCUAGAAAAAAGAUUGUUCAUGCUCUGUCAGAACUUAGAAGAGGAAUUGACCCUUCAAACGAGAAACCUGAGGAUGAUGUGGUAGAGCCUAGAAGGAUUAGAAACCAGAAAGUCAAAUCGCAACAUGGCAAAUCUGAUCGAAAAAUUGACGGCACUGUUAAACCAGCCGCAAACAAAUUAAUUACUGAAUAUUUUCCGGGAUUUGCUACCAACGGGAAGAAAGUUUCUGCCCCUCCUGGAGAACAACAUGAAAUGAAAAAUAAUGGCUCAGUUUCUGACCGUAAGCGCAAAGCAAAAAAUAUGUCAACGAGUACAAAGAUUCGUGAUGUUCCUAUAUGGUGUACCAUUCAAGGAACACCUUUCCGUGUGGAUGCUUUCAAAUACCUACGAGGAGAUUGUUCUCACUGGUUUCUAACACACUUCCACAUGGACCAUUAUCAAGGUCUCACCAAGUCGUUCAAUCAUGGAAAGAUCUAUUGCUCCUCUGUUACAGCCAGACUUGUAAAUAUGAACAUCGGUAUUCCAUAUGAAAAAUUACAUAUUUUGCCUCUAAACCAAAAGGUUGAAAUAGCUGGUAUUGGCGUGACUUGCUUGGAUGCCAACCACUGUCCAGGUGCCAUAAUAGUACUCUUUGAACCUCCAAAUGGUAAGGCGGUACUUCACACAGGCGAUUUUCGGUAUAGUGAAGAAAUGUCAAACAAUCCUUUCCUGCGGAUAUGUCCAAUUCAUACCUUAAUUCUUGAUACCACAUACUGCAACCCACAGUAUGACUUUCCAAAACAAGAGGCUGUAAUACAAUUUGUUAUUGAUGCCAUUCAAGCAGAAGCUUUUAAUCCCCGGACUCUUUUUCUGAUUGGCAGCUAUACAAUUGGAAAAGAAAGGCUAUUCUUGGAGGUUGCUCGUUCACUUCGCAAAAAGGUUUAUGUGACUGCAGCAAAGUAUCGCAUUUUAAAAUGUUUGGAGUUUACGGAGGAGGAUAUGCAGUGGUUUACUUUAAAUGAACAUGAAAGCAAUAUUCAUGUUGCUCCUAUGUGGACACUCGCAAGCUUCAAAAGAUUGAAGUAUUUAUCAAGUCAAUAUGCAAGUCGGUACAGUCUUAUGGUUGCUUUCUCUCCUACUGGCUGGACAUUUGGCAAAGGUAAAAAGAAGUCUCCUGGAAGAAGGUGGCAGCAGGGUACUAUUAUAAGGUAUGAGGUUCCUUACAGUGAGCAUUGCAGCUUUACAGAACUCAAAGAGUUAGUAAACAUUUUGUCUCCCAAUAACAUUAUUCCAAGUGUGAAUAAUGAUGGACCAGAAUCUGCAGCCGCAAUGGUUUCUCUUAUGUCAACUUGAUGGAUUCAUCAAAAGGGGUUCAAUCUACCCUUAUGAUACUUUGUGAUGAACAUUAAAUAAAGGUCUAAUGAUUUUACCAUACCUUUUACAAUUAAGGACACCUUUGGCAUACUGAUCUUGGGGAUUUUUUAAAGAACUUUUCUUAGAGAAAUUGCUUACUUUUGUUUCAGCAUAUUUGAGAAUCAGGAAGUUGAUUGAUACUAGGGUCUCUAAUGAAAUGUUUGUGCAAUAUGAGCAGCAGUAACUUGUUAUGCUUAUCCCUUUUCAGAGGUAACUUUGUGUUUGCUGCUUUCCAAAAGGUUAACAUGUGAAAUCAAGAAGAAAAGAUAUAUUUUAUCAGAGGAGCUCAUCCUGCUUAUUUUCACGUGGAAGGUUUUGUCAACUUGUAACAUAAAAUCUGAAGUGAUCGCUUUUUACGACAAGAUAAGUGGGAAAGUGUUUAUAUCCCCUUUAGAACAUGAAUUAACCUACUUCUCUUCCAGCAAAAAGAUGGAGCUUAUGAAAUUUGUUGCUGCACAGCAAUGUUAGUCUUACUGGGCUUCACUAGAGUCCUUAAUAGUUGUUUCAGACCACUAACAUUUGGUUGCAGAUAAUCAAGCUUAGUACUUUAAGCAAUAGUCAUAGCCUGUAAUAGUAUUCUUAAAUGUAACGCAUCUCUUGUACUUAAAAUUCUCUGGCUUGCUGCUUGUAAUGCCUAUAACAUACUGAUUUUUUUUACAUACAAACAAUAUCAUAUACUGAUUUUAUUCGGUUGACACUGA